CGGGAGGGAGCCGGGCCCGUCAGCGCCGGCGGCCGCGGCCCCUGCCCGGCCGAGCGGCGGAACCAACUGAAAAUGUCUCAGAAUCCUGACAAGCUACACUCAAGUGAAGAAAGGCUGAGUGGUUUGGAGGAUGGUCAAGAGGAGAACUCGGACAACCCGGAUCAGUCUGUCCGAAAAAGGAUCCGGCAGAGCGCUCCAGGGUCACACAGAGAUGACACACCCAAGUCCAGUCCUCCUCGGCCUGUGUCCAUAGAAGAGCUCAUGGAAACAGCCAAGGGAGUCACCAACAUGGCAUUAGCACACGAGAUUGUUGUCAAUGGAGACUUCCAGAUUAAACCAGCUGAAUUACCAGAGCACAGCUUGGAAAAGAAAGUAAGAGACAUUGUGCAUAAAGCUUUCUGGGAUUGUCUGGAAGCUCAAUUAAAGGAAGAGCCACCAACAUAUGAUCAUGCAAUUAAACUGUUGGGAGAAAUUAAAGAGAAUCUCCUGUCUUUCUUGUUACCUGGUCAUACUAGACUGAGAAACCAGAUUACAGAAGUUCUUGAUCUGGAUUUGAUAAAACAGGAGGCAGAAAACGGGGCCCUUGACAUUUCUAAGUUGGUCAAAUUUGUUAUUGGGAUGAUGGGGACUCUCUGUGCUCCAGCUCGAGAUGAAGAAAUUAAGAAACUGAAUGAUAUUCCUGAAAUAGUUCCUCUGUUCAGAGCCAUUUUCUCUGUAUUAGACCUAAUGAAAAUGGAUAUGGCAAACUUCGCUGUCAGUAGUAUUAGGCCAAAAUUAAUGCAGCAGUCUGCUGAAUAUGAAAGAAAGAAGUUUCAGGAGUUUCUUGAGAAACAGCCAAAUUCUUUAGACCUUGUCACAAAGUGGUUGCAAGAAGCAGCGGAUGAUCUUGCAAAGCUGGGACAUGAAAUGUUGCCUCCCCACUCCAAUGAUGGUGCUACUGGUGGGGCCUCCACCUUGUGCUUCACUGCUGUACAAAAUCAGGCCUAUCUGAAACUUCUAAAGUGGGAUCAUGUGAACAGGCCUUUUCCAGAAACAGUGCUCAUGGACCAGACCCGCUUCCUGGAAAUACAGCUGGAGCUGGAGCAACUCCUCCUGGUUGGGACAGUGCUCCUGGUCACGUUCAGUGCAGCAGGCCCAGCACUUGUUGAUGUGCCUGGAUUUGCGGAGAAAGUCAAAACCAUUGUCAAGGUGCUGCUGACGGGAACGCAUCUUCCCUCCUUUAACCUGAAGGAAUCUCUGGCCACCGUCGGGGAGAAGGUGUGUGCCGAAGUGAACAGCUGCCUUUCCCAGCACGGCUUUACACCGUUCUCAGCGGAGAGAGAGACUGUGCUUAAAGGGCAGAUCCAAGCAGUGGCCAAUCCAGAUAACACCAUCUGCAGGCUCAUAGAUUCUCGAAUUCAAAAGUUUCUGGAGAAUUAUCUUGCAUCCAGUCACCAGAAAACACUACCUGCUAUCCCUGGAGGGUUAGGCCCUAUCCAAAGAGAGCUGGAAGAGGUCGCUGCCAAAGGUGUUCUUGGAACUUAGAAUAUUUAUAGGCCUUGAAUUUCAUUAGCUGUGUGUUGUGUAGAUGAGUGUUCUCAGAAGAGCUCAGUGAUCUUACAGCCUCGUUGCAGCUUCAGACUCAGCUGGGAGGUAAGUGCAUCUGAAAUUUCCCUCUAGUUGAGCACAACAGUGUAUUACAGUAAUCAAUAUUUGAUGGUUUUAGGAAAGCAAAGUUCGUAGCUACAAACAGUAAGUGGUCCAAGUACUAAGCUAUCCAAGCCAGAAUGUCUUUGAAAAAAAAAACAACAACCAACAAGGUAUGUAAAAUAAAUAAAUAAAAGGGCCCUUUUAUUGCCAACAACCAGGUUAAUUUAUGAAUCAACUAGCCAACCAAAGUAUGAGAACUUCUAGAAGCACUUGAUUUUAAAUAAGGUUUGAUGCUUCCCUUUCUAGUUUUCCUUUAAAUCUCAGUGUGGAUAGAGGUGCACUGACUUUGAUUUUGGAGGAAUACGAGAUAAAUAAGACCUUUUUUCUAUAUUAGCCUAUGCAACUCUAAACCAAAUUUUUCUCAUUGAUUACAAACCCCUUUCCCCAAGGGAAAAAAAAAGCAAACCACCAAACCCUGUAAGAGUUUACCACUUCAGACAGAUUUUUCUCUCUUGGCUAAAUAAACUCAGAUAGUGAAAUGAAUGUCUUUGAAUCUUUGGCAAUUCAGAAAUGAGGAGGUUGGUUAGCCAGACAAAAAGGGUUCUGAGUAGGCUUUUGGUGUAGAUUGUGUCACUGUUUGCAUCAGCAAAGGAUACUAGAGAGGUCUUCAAGGUUGCUGUGUCUGCUUAGUGGGCUUUGUUGUUACUGCAGGACCCACCUCUCAGUGCAGCCACAGAAGUUAAUUCGACAGUCUGAGUAACAAUGAGCUGCCAGAGCCAUUAUGGCUGGAGAGGUAACCAAAGUAACAAGACAAAGCUGUUUUCAGUUUUGCUGCCGUUAUUUUCUCUUUUAGCAUUGCCUAGGAGCUGCCUUUAAAACCCCUGGGACUUACACACACUACACAGUUAGAUGCUGUAGGGGACGAUCUCGAGGAUGUGGGGAGGAACAACAGGACAGUGAGACACUCAGAAAAGCCCUUGAACAACAUAACUGAUGGCAGAGUGAAGGGGACUGAAUUAGCAAUGACUGCUCCCAGGUCUGGGAUUCAGGGUCCAGGUGUCCUGACAUUGCAGCAGGGACUGUGCUGCCAGCAGUGCUCGUGUGUUGCUCACAGGGUUGAUACAGUAAAUCCCAUCUCUCCUCACAGGAGGGGUUUGAUCCUAAGGCUUAAUAUAGGAAAAAAACAUAGACCCGUAGAAGAGUGCAGUACUCUCCUCUGGCUCCAGUCUCACUUCUGGGGGUACACACAGUGGGAACAAAUGCCUCUGGGAGUGGGUGCUGCAAGCCUUCCAACAGUAAAGAUCUUAAGGGACUGUAAUAAAUGCCCCCGAGUGCAAAUCACCUUAACGAUUUUCCCAAGUUGUUUUUUUUAAUCUGAGCAUCUGACAAACAGUGUCUCUACAUCCUCACAGAAAGAAAUAGGGAGAUACAACUGAGGAGCAGAGCAAGAAAGGAAUUCCAGGAUUGCUAAGGCCAGUUCCUCCCUCCACCUGAACCUUUCCAGGGUUCACCUCUCCCCCUGGCAGAGAGAAGCACUGACCCACAGGCAGCUGUGCUGCUGGAGAUGGGAACCUCUUGAACUUUUCUCGAGUAUCUGAACGUCCAAGGGGGUUCUUCAGAUCCUAUCAGAGUGCCAUUCUGAAUAGCCAAUUACAAGUUAAAAGCUCAAGUACACAUAGAAACUGCUUUGAAAGCUCAUAUAGUGGUUUUUUUUUUUUAGCUUGUUUGAAGAUAACAAGUGAAACGACGUAGCUGAUUAUUAACAUUUAGCUUUGUACCUUACAGUGGAAGACCCGUGCAGGUAUCCAGGACCAGCCUGUGUUAGCCAGUGGUCCUGGACAACCCACCUUUGAAACAUAUACUGAGUUAGUCUUAAGAUGCUGUCUUCUUCAAACAGUCGUGGAAUUACAAGCAAAAGUGUACUGUAUCCUCUAGAAAAAUGGAAAACAAGCUAAUUCUAAUAUGUAUGCUCUGACCAGUUUCCUGUGACGGUCUUAUUAGCAUUGCUUUUGAAGUGGCUGAGUAAUAUUUAAGAAGUACCUUGUUGUGUUUGAAUAAAACCAGAAUGAGGCAUGAA